GAGGUGGGUUGACCCGGCUCCUGAGAGGGUCCGUCGUCCCAGAACCCGCAGUCGCGCACCCCCAGGCUCCCAUGGCGGUCAGAGCGUCGUUCGAGAACAACUGUGAGGUCGGUUGUUUUGCCAAGCUCACCAACACCUACUGCCUGGUGGCUAUCGGAGGGUCAGAGAACUUCUACAGUGUGUUCGAGGGCGAGCUCUCAGAAACCAUCCCUGUGGUGCAUGCAUCCAUCGCCGGCUGCCGAAUCAUCGGGCGCAUGUGUGUAGGGAACAGGCAUGGGCUAUUGGUACCCAACAACACCACGGACCAGGAGCUGCAGCAUAUCCGCAACAGCCUUCCAGAUUCGGUGCAGAUACGGCGGGUGGAGGAGCGCCUCUCAGCCCUUGGCAAUGUUACCACCUGCAAUGACUAUGUGGCCUUGGUCCACCCAGACUUGGACAGGGAGACAGAAGAAAUCCUGGCUGAUGUGCUCAAGGUGGAGGUCUUCAGACAGACAGUUGCUGACCAGGUGUUAGUAGGGAGCUACUGUGUCUUCAGUAAUCAAGGCGGUCUGGUGCACCCCAAGACUUCAAUCGAGGACCAGGAUGAGCUCUCAUCCCUUCUUCAGGUUCCCCUUGUGGCAGGCACUGUGAACCGAGGGAGCGAGGUGAUUGCUGCUGGGAUGGUAGUGAACGAUUGGUGUGCUUUCUGUGGUCUGGACACAACCAGCACAGAGCUGUCAGUGGUGGAGAGCGUCUUCAAGCUAAAUGAGGCCAAGCCUAGUACGAUUGCCACCAGCAUGCGGGACUCCCUCAUUGACAGCCUCACAUGAGUCAUCUUCCACGCUGUUGUGUGGGCUCCUGCCUCUGGACUUUGGCUUAUUUUCCAUGCCUGAGCUAUGUACCAAGUGCUGGCAGCAGGGCAUGGCAGAGAGCUUACCAGAGAUGAAUGGCUGAGUACCCAACCCUCCUUCACCUGUGCCAUCUCCCGACUAUUGUCAUAGAAAGGCUUGCUGUGUCAUGCUGCCUUUCUCUUGUGGCUCCAGGAUGAGAGUCUGCUAUCUUGUGACCACCCCAUUAAAGAACUGCCUCCCACCA